AACAAUAUCUUUUGAGAAGAGAAAACUACCCAACCAAACCCAAAACAGAACAGAGUUUAAAGAAACUAGAGAAUGAAGUGAACACCAUUACCAUUAGAAGAAAGAAAGAGAGAAAGAAAUGGCUGCUGCUGACUCUGUUUGGAUGCAUUUGCAGUUGCAGCACCAGUCCAUCCAUAAGAAGAAGGAGAGAAAGAGUUUCUUUUUGAGUCCAAUUAGUGCUGUUAACAUUGGUGGGAAAAAUGUGAUUUUUCCUACUAUUACUACUCCUGUUGUCUCCUUGAACAACUCUUCUCUUGGUGUUGUUGCCAAGUUGAGUUCUUCCGCCGCUGAAGCAGCUGCGGUGCCACCUCUCGAAUUGGGUGUUGGGGAGAUAAAGAACAAGUGCAGGAAGUGGCUGUGGAAGGGUCAAUUUUCCAUUAAUUACUUGAUUGAAGGAGAAGAAAAGCAAGAGUCGAAAUCGAAUCCUCCUUUGCUUCUUGUUCAUGGCUUUGGUGCUUCCAUUCCUCAUUGGCGAAGGAAUAUUAGAACAUUAGCCCAAAAUCAUACUGUUUAUGCAAUUGACCUUCUUGGGUUUGGUGCUUCCGAUAAGCCAGAAGGCUUUCCAUAUACAAUGGAAACAUGGGCUCAGUUAAUAUUGAACUUCGUGGAAGAAAUUGUAAAGAAGCCAACUGUUCUAGUAGGGAAUUCUGUUGGAAGCCUUGCUUGUUUAAUUGCUGCCUCAGAAUCUAAUCAAUCAUUGGUUAGAGGACUUGUCCUUCUAAAUUGUGCUGGUGGCAUGAACAAUAAGGCAAUUGUUGAUGAUUGGAGAAUCAAACUAUUGUUACCUUUGCUUUGGUUAGUUGAUUUUUUACUGAACCAAAGAGCAAUUGCUUCUUAUAUCUUUGAGCGUGUCAGGCAGAGAGAAAACAUCAGAAAUAUUUUGCAAUCUGUAUAUGGGAAUAAGGAAUCUGUGGAUGAUGAACUGGUAGAGAUCAUCAUUGAACCAACAUUCGACCAAGGAGCAUUGGACGCUUUUGUUGCGAUUGUGACAGGUCCACCAGGGCCAAACCCUGUGAAAUUGAUGCCAAAAAUCUCCAUACCUGUUCUACUUUUAUGGGGCAAUCAAGAUCCAUUCACUCCUCUUGAUGGACCUGUGGGAAAGUACUUCAGUUCCUUACCUGCUAAAGUACCAAACAUAAGCCUUUCUGUUUUGGACGGUGUAGGGCAUUGUCCUCACGACGAUGAGCCUGAAUUAGUCCACGAAAAGCUGCUGCCAUGGUUGGCUCAGCUUCCAGCGUCAUGAUCAUGACAGAAAAAAACAUGCAAUUCUUAUCAAUUGCCUCCACCCCACUUGGUAAGAUUAUGUAGAAAACCACUCCAUUUGUUAACUGAUAUGUAUAUUUUUCGAUUAAAUUACUUUGAAGCUGAACAGAAAUAAAGAAAAGGAAACAGAAUUUUAUGGAUAUA